AUGGAUGUUAUCUGUCAUUGUGCAUUCGGAAUGGAUACGGACAUGGAAAAUGAUCUUGAUAAUGAGUUGAUGGCUAAAGCAGCUGUUAUUUUCAAACAAGAUAUCGAGCGUAUGUUGUUGACCAAAUUAAGCCGUUUAAUGCCAUGGCUGACACCUUUUCUCACUCAGCUUGUUCUUUGUCAGAUGGCUGUUUUUCGUGGUCUCCAUAAACUAGCACCGACAAUCUUUCCCGAUAUGUUCGAUAAAAUACCUCGUUUUUGGCUUCUAUCAAGAGUUCAACAGGUAAUUGAUGCUCGAACAACAUCAUCAGCAAUGACAAAACGAGUUGAUCUGCUUCAGCUAAUGCUCGAUACCAAUGUCACACGAUGUGAGGGAACUAUUCACGAGAGGGGACUGACCAACGAUGAAAUCAAGGCGAAUGUAUUUCUCUUUAUGGUUGCUGGUUUUGAUACAACCUCGACAAUUUUUGCUUAUUCCACUUACAUAUUGGCUACGGAACCCGAAAUUCAAAAGAAACUUCAAGCAGAAAUUGAUGAUCAACAUGGGAAAGAACUCGAUUAUGAUACGGUAACCAAAAUGGAAUAUAUGGAUUUAUUUCUACGAGAAGUUCUUCGUAUGUAUCCGGCUUCCACGGCAGCCAUCACAAGAGUAUGCAAUGAAACCACAACAGUAUGCGGUCAUAACAUCCACAAAGGAAGCAUCAUUCAGCCGGACAUACUCACUGUUCACUACAAUUAUGAUUUAUGGGGUCCUGAAGAUCCAAAUCGAUUUGUGCCUGAACGACACGCAACCAAACGACAUUCAAUGGCGCUUUUGACAUUUGGUGCGGGACCACGCAUAUGUAUUGGAAUGCGAUUUGCUCUGAUGGAAAUCAAAAUGGGUUUAGCUCAUUUACUGCGUCAUUAUGUGGUGUUACCCGGCGAACAUUUGGAAGCGGGUUUCCAACUUCGUGAAACAUUUGUCAUACAACCAGAUGCUGUCUAUAUCAAACUCAAUAAACGUCACUGA